CACAACUGUCAUUUCUCAACCAGGGCCACAGUGGUCGCAAAACAACUGGCUACUGGUCAAACUUUCGAAAAUUCUGAAAAAUAAAUUAUCUGAACGUUAUUCUUUCUGUAUUUUUGGUUGAGUAUUUCGUAAACCGAUUUCUAAAUUAUUAUGUUAAUUUGGUUAGCUGAUUAGACUGGUAGGGUUACUAAUUUAUCCUAAAUAAAUAUUAGGCUGAGCUUAAUAAGCGUGAACCACCAUUUCAUUACAUAAUGAACCUUGAAAGAGAAAAUCAUCUUCGGUAAUGCACAAUUUCCAUUUUGGCAACUGCUUUAUAUUCAAUAAAUAUGCUGGCAUGGCUAGAGUUUUCCAACUAGUUCAGGGACCAACCAUGGUCCUUAACAAAAGUAGCUUCGCUACCCGGGACAACUUCACUGCAUAUAUACGUGCCUCUUGACUGACGAGUCGAUAUCAUUACGGGAGCUAACUGAGCAGCUGAUGGACUGAGCAGCAGGUACCUGAUCACAGCCGUAGCGUAAUUUGUAUCCGCGAAGCCAACCGUCGAGCACGUUGCUGCCUGGUGGUCACGUUAACAAACCAACACUGUUUAGUAUCGCGAGUAAUCCUGCACAAAACGAAACGUAAUCCUUGUUGUGUAAAGUUCCUUUUUGUUGAUCGCUUGUGUCCAAAGUAUCCUGCUAUCCUGCCAUCCUGUUCUAGUCCACAAUGAAGGGAUGUUCUGUGUAUUUUAAUACCCUAUUGGUACUAAUCGUGAUCGUGUGCGUAGACCGGCUUCAUCAUCCGAUCGCACUGGAACUUCUCGAUACAGCAGAUUCUCUAAAUUUGCAGCCCAAAGCUGGCGGUACAAAUGUUACUGAAAGUGAAAGUGUCCAUCCGCCACCGGUAGCAACCUUUGGCGAGGAACGUUCCACCCCGGAAGCAACUGAUGGAGGCAGCAACGAAGCGCGGCAUCGAAAGAAACGUCUCAUAUCGGCGGGUGAAUAUGAGAAAACGGCUCAGUACUGGAAUAUAGGCGCACAGCUCAAGCUGAAGGAACAUGUAAUGAGGCAGCCGAACUUAAACAUUGCCAAAAAUGUGAUCUUCUUUCUCGGUGAUGGUAUGUCAAUACCAACACUCGCUGCCAGCCGUAUGUAUCUCGGGCAACAGCAAGGCCAUACGGGCGAAGAAAGCCAACUGUCGUUUGAAGAGUUUCCCGACGUUGGCCUUGUAAAGACCUACUGUGUGGACAAACAGGUGGCGGAUUCGGCUUGCACAGCGACAGCGUAUUUGUGCGGUGUGAAGGCCAACUAUGCAACGAUCGGUGUAACGGCAGCAGUCAACUAUGGUAACUGUGCCGCUAGCAAUGAUCCGCGCAACCACGUCCAAUCGAUCAUGGCUUGGGCGCAGGCAGCAGGCAAAGCGACCGGUAUCGUAACAACAACACGUGUAACACACGCUAGCCCCGCCGGUACCUACGCACACACGGCCAGCCGUGAUUGGGAGAGCGAUGCCGACGUAGUCCGGACUGGUGGUGAUCCGACCCAAUGUCCAGACAUAGCAACGCAGCUGAUCUACGGCGAUACGGGCAAAAACUUUCGCGUCAUUCUGGGCGGCGGGCGUCGCAAAUUUCUUCCACGAACCAUGAAGGACGAAGAAGGUUUCCGCGGUCAGCGGCAAGAUGGGGCGAAUCUGAUAUCUCAGUGGUACUACGGAAAACCACUCGGUACGGCUCGGUACGUGUCAAACAGGCAGGACCUGAUGGCGCUUAACUUCACCGAGGUAGACUAUCUGCUAGGGCUGUUCAGCUCGGACCACCUGAAGUUCCAUCUGGACGCCCGCCCGGAAGUGGACCCAACGUUAGGCGACUUAACAUAUGCGGCGAUUAGAAUGCUGCAGAAAUACCCUGAGGGUUAUGUGCUGUUUGUCGAGGGUGGCAAAAUUGAUCUGGCUCAUCAUUUCACUAAGGCACGUAAAUCACUCGAUGAAACGGUGCAGCUGUCCGAAGCGGUGCAGGUAGCACGUCAGCUUACCAGCCCGGAUGACACGCUGCUCGUUGUGACGGCGGACCAUUCGCACACGAUGACACUAUCGGGCUAUGCGACACGUGGAAGCGAUAUUCUCGGCCUGAACAGCCAGAUCAGCGACGGGGACCAGAAACCGUACACGACGCUAGCGUACGCGAAUGGUCCGGGUGGGCCACAGCCCGGUCCAAUGGGCCAAAGACCAAACAUUACCGAAUCGAUGAUAAAGGACCAGGAGUUCCAAUUCCCAAAGGUAGUCCCGAUGAAAUACGAAACACACGGCGGGGACGAUGUUGCGCUGUUUGCCUACGGACCCUGGUCGCACCUGUUUGGCGGAAUGUACGAACAGAAUGUUAUACCACACUUGAUAGGCUAUGCAGCGUGCAUUGGGAACGGUGAGCACGCGUGUUCGACGGUUGGCGGUUUGUAAACAGUGUGCUUCACUUUUUAAUUUGUCGUGUUGUAGUAUGUUUUGUAAAUAAAAUUCCUAUGCGUUUUUAAGUAA